AUGACGCUCUCUUUUUCUUUUUUCUUGAAGCAUGUCUUCUCGUCCUUCUAUGGCAAGGACCGCCCCAAGUUCUUUCUUUGGUGUCCUGAAGGCACCACCUCUAGCGAGAAAUGGCUGCUCUUCAAAAUUGAUUUCUUCAUCCUUACUUAUGGCUGCCUCGCGUACUUUACUAAGUGGUUGGAUCAGGCCAAUUUGAGCAAUGCAUACGUCAGUGGCAUGCGUGAAGACCUCAAAAUGUUUGGCACGGAGUAUAACCUCGCAACAACAUGUUUUUCAUUGUAUCCGUUGAGAUUCUUCGUCGGAUUCCUCGAAGGGUCUUGCUUCGUAGGCAUCCAGUUCGUCCUCGGAUCUUGGUACAAAAGGUCUGAAAUUGGGAAGCGCACAGCGGUUUUCUCAUGUGCGGCAUACGUUGGCUCUAUGGUUAGCGGCUAUCUUCAAAGCGCAGUGCUUGCAGGCCUUGAUGGGAAGAAUGGGCUUGUCGCUUGGAGAUGGGUCUUCAUCAUCGAUGGAAUUAUCACCGUCAUUGUUGCAAUCUUUGGCUUUAUCUUCUUUCCAGACACGCCUUAUAAUACGAAGGCCUUCUACCUUUCGGAUGAAGACAAGAAGCGAAGCAUUCAGCGCCUGGUGGAGGACGGGCGUGAAGAGACGACCCGUUUCACGUGGGAUCUUUUCCUCCGUACGAUCAAGUCACGGCAUCUCUAUAUGCUGACAAUUCUAUGGAUGUUCUGGAACACCACAGUGGGUAAAGUUGCGAACACUGUCAUGCAGCUCUACUUGAAAACCGAUACGACGCGCCAUUGGUCACUCUAUGAUGUGAACAAUAUUCCCACAUCUAUCAACGGUUGGAAUAUUGUCUUGUCGAUGGCUCUUAACAUAUAUGUAGACGCUACGGGCUAUCGAAUGGCGGCAAUCGUGUUUAACCUUUGCAUUCUGCUCUUCGGGACCAUCUGUCUCGUCAUUUGGGAUAUCCCACUGGGCCUGCGAAUUGUUUCCUAUAUGUUUGCUGGUUCAGAUGGGCCACUGUCACCCCUAUAUUAUUCAUGGGCCAACAUUUUGACUUCUGGGGAUACUCAAGUAAGGGCAUUGACCUUGGCAAUCAUGAACUCGUGCGGCGCUGCCCUGACUACAGUGAUUCAACAAUUCCUAUACCCUGUCACAGAUGCGCCGCAGUUCGGAAAAGGUUUCAAGGCAAGUCUGGGUUUCAUUUGUGGCAUGUGCAUCUGGGUUCUUCUACUGCGAUACUUCGAGUUACAAGAGCUCGAGAGACUGGAUGAGAUGGAGGAAACUGAGUAUGAACAGCAGGAAGAGAAAAUCUGA